AUGAUUCACAAUAAUCCAACGCUAAACAAAACGCAGAAAAUGAAGUUCCUUAAAUGUAAAUUGUGCGUGAAAGUUGAAGCGGAAAAGUUGAUCAAACAUCUCCCUGUGAGCGCCGAGAAUUACGAUCCGUGCUUGGAUAUCAUCAACUACAAUCGGCUACUUUUUAUUUCAUACAUCGACACCUUUCUCAAUUAA